CAAGAGAUGCUUACUUAUAAAUCUGAUCAUAUUAGAGCUCGCCAAGAAGUACUUGGUACCACUAUCAUUGGAGGAACAAUACCUAAACCAGAAGAUGCUCCAGAAUCUUUUCGAUUACUUGUUCGAGAACUACGAUCUUUGGCUCUGGAACUGAAUCAUUUCCUUGUAUCUGAGAAGAAUUUCCAGAUUAAUAGGAAGGAAGUUUAAUCGGAAUGAAUCACAAAAUUUCUUAUAUGAUCGAUCGGUAUAAACAUCAACAACUCCGAAUUGGAUUAGUUUCUCCUCAGCAAAUAAGUGCUUGGGCCACUAAAAAAAUACCUAAUGGAGAGAUAGUUGGAGAGGUGACAAAACCCUAUACUUUUCAUUACAAAACCAAUAAACCGGAAAAAGAUGGAUUAUUUUGUGAAAGGAUUUUUGGGCCUAUAAAGAGUGGAAUUUGCGCUUGUGGAAAUUAUCGAGUGAUCGGAGAUGAAAAAGAAGACUCGCAAUUUUGUGAACAAUGUGGAGUUGAAUUUGUUGAUUCUCGGAUACGAAGAUAUCAAAUGGGAUACAUAAAACUGACAUGUCCUGUAACUCAUGUAUGGUAUUUGAAACGUCUUCCUAGUUAUAUUGCGAAUCUUUUAGAUAAACCUCUUAAAGAAUUAGAAGGUCUAGUAUACUGCGAUGUGUGAUUUGAUCGAAAUUUUUAUUUUUAAGAAUGAUAAACUCUCAUCCCCUUCAAUCAAUUUGGGAUGCCCUCGAUCUGACAUGUCUCUUGAAAAGAGUAACAUGAAGCUCAGACUUGUGGGUGUAUUCAAUACUCCCAAAUAACAAGGGCGAUUGGUCUAUGGUCGAUUCAGUAAAAAAAAAGUACUUCAAAUUGAUAGUCGUACCUCGUGAAAAGAAGACCUUUUUUUUGUCGAAUUAAGCAUUCCCUUAUCUUUCUAAACGAAAAGAAAUUUGGUUUUUUAUAUUGAAGUAAACAAAUAUGUCAUGGUUGGAGAAGUCUAUACAUCGCAUAUAAGCUUUAAGAAUAUUGUGGCAUAACCAUCGAGGUAACGCAGGACCUAAAAGAUCGAAUGGAACAAUACAUAGACAAAUAAAUCCCGUAUGAAUUCUAAGGCAUUCCUUUCACUUAAGGUAAAAAGUAUUCCGGCAUUCGAAGGGAAGUAGACUACUCAAGAAUUUGACAUUUUUUUCUGUCGUAAUUUUGAAUUCACUAAAGAAUCUAAAUAGAAAUCAAAGAAGAAUUAAUUGAAUCAAUGAAAUGGUGGUUGGUUUGCACUGAGAACUUGAGUAAGGCGUAGAUUCUUUUUGGGUUUUCACUUGAUUUUAUAAAAUACAAUUGGAAAGUGCGACCCCUUUCUUUAUCUUUAUUUGAUAUAACUACUUGAGCCGGAUGAGAGGAAACUUUCAUGUCCGGUUUUGAGGGGGGGAGAUCAUAUAGUGGACCCUAUCCCAAUUUUUCUUUUGCUAGGCCCAUAACGAAAAAACCUACUUUCUUACGAUUACGAGGUUCAUUUGAAUAUGAAAUUCAAUCCUGGAAAUACAGCAUCCCACUUUUUUUACUACUCAAGGUUUCGAUAUAUUUAGAAAUCGAGAAAUUUCUACUGGGGCGGGUGCUAUCCGAGAACAAUUAGCCGAUUUAGAUUUGCGAAUUAUUAUAGAAAAUUCGUUGGUAGAAUGGAAACAAUUAGGAGAAGAAGGUCCCACGGGGAAUGAAUGGGAAGAUCGAAAAAUUGUAAGAAGAAAAGAUUUUUUAGUUAGACGUAUGGAAUUAGCUAAGCAUUUUAUUCGAACAAAUAUAGAACCGGAAUGGAUGAUUUUAUGUCUCUUACCGGUUCUGCCUCCCGAGUUGAGACCCAUCAUUCAGAUAGAAGGGGGUAAACUGAUGAGUUCAGAUAUUAAUGAACUCUAUAGAAGAGUUAUCUAUCGGAACAAUACUCUUACUGAUCUAUUAACAACAAGUAGAUCUACACCAGGGGAAUUAGUAAUGUGUCAGGAAAAAUUGGUACAAGAAGCCGUGGAUACACUUCUUGAUAAUGGAAUCCGUGGACAACCCAUGAGGGAUGGUCAUAAUAAGGUUUACAAGUCAUUUUCAGAUGUAAUUGAAGGAAAAGAGGGAAGAUUUCGCGAGACUCUGCUUGGCAAACGGGUCGAUUAUUCGGGGCGUUCGGUGAUUGUCGUUGGACCCUCACUUUCAUUACAUCGCUGUGGAUUGCCUCGCGAAAUAGCAAUAGAGCUCUUCCAGACAUUUGUAAUUCGUGGUCUAAUUAGACAACAUCUGGCUUCGAACAUAGGAGUUGCUAAGAGUCAAAUUCGUGAAAAAAAGCCGAUUGUCUGGGAAAUCCUUCAAGAAGUUAUGCAGGGGCAUCCCGUAUUACUGAAUAGAGCACCUACUCUACAUAGAUUAGGCAUACAGUCAUUCCAACCCAUUUUAGUGGAAGGACGCACUAUUUGUUUACAUCCAUUAGUUUGUAAGGGGUUCAAUGCAGACUUUGAUGGGGAUCAAAUGGCUGUUCAUGUGCCUUUAUCUUUAGAAGCUCAAGCAGAGGCUCGUUUACUUAUGUUUUCUCAUAUGAAUCUCUUAUCUCCAGCUAUUGGAGAUCCCAUUUCUGUACCGACUCAAGAUAUGCUGAUUGGACUCUAUGUAUUAACGAGCGGCACUCGUCGAGGUAUUUGUGCAAACAGAUAUAAUCCAUGUAAUCGAAAAAACUAUCAAAAUGAAAGAAUUACGAAACAAACUAUAAGUAUAUGAAAGAACCCUUUUUUUGCAAU